GCAAUCUAAAGAAACACAUGCUGACUCACACAGGUGAGAAACCUUACAGGUGUGAGGAGUGUAGCAGGCAGUUUAGCGACCAUGGUAAACUGAAGACACACAUGCGGACUCACACAGGGGAAAAACCCUACAGGUGUGAGAAGUGCAGCAGGCAGUUCUGUCAGCUGGGUGAUCUUAAGAAACACAUACGUACUCACACAGGGGAGAAACCCUACAGGUGUGAGGAGUGCAGUAGGCACUUCAGUCAGCUGGAUGAGCUGAAGACUCACAUGCGGACUCACACAGGGGAGAAGCCCUAUAAGUGUGAGAAGUGCAGCAAGCAGUUUAGUACAUCAAGCCAUCUGAAGAGACAUAUGCGUACUCACACAGGGGAGAAACCGUACAAGUGUGGGGAGUGUAGCAGGCAGUUCAGCGCGUCAAGAAAUCUGAAGAAACACAUGCGGACUCACCUACAGGGAGAAAAUGUAUAAAUGUGUCGGCCAUGACCAGCAUUUUACUACAAGUUGGUUUCAAGGUUCAUGCAUAAUGUGAAAGCUCUUUUGAUAUUAGAAAUGAUGCGAGUGCUCAGCCUCAGUGCUGUCGAUUAGAAUACAAUGAAAUCAUGCAGAUGAGAAAGCCCACCAGUUGAUGUGUAGAGAUUGGUUUGAAAAACCAAAGUUUACAAGGAAAUAGCAAGUGCUAAAACAUUCCUUUAUCCUGUAUCCUGCAUAGCUGGCUCAGCUUGCUAACCACCAUAGCUUGUGAGUGGAAUGAUUGAGCCAGCAGUUACUACGGAGGAUGGUACUCCAGUUAGAAUUAAAAUCUACUAUGUUACGGAGGAUGGUACCCAGAGUAACAUCGCUUUACUUAGAAGUUAGAACUGAAAUCUAGUAUGUAUAUGUAUCUUUGUAGAAUACAUGUAGACUAUACUCUGAUGAGUAUUUAUAUAGAUAAGCUGAUAUAAUGGAUCUUCUGCUUAAGUUAACACACCAGGUAAGGUUGUUGUAAAUAAGAGAUCAUCCAGUGUUGUAGUUACUGAUACUGUUAGUUAUUUUCAGGUAAUGUUUGCAUGUUCGUUCCUGAUCAGGUAGUUUGUAGUUGGAAGUUUUGUUAUUUUAUAGAGUUUGCAAACUUUGCAUAGUUGUACAUAGUUAUAUACAUUUUGUUUUCAUAGAUAUUCCUACUAAUAAUCAUAUUCGUUAUAAGUUAACCAACAACUUACUGUAGCAGCAUUCUGGUUCGUUUUCUGUUAAUGUUGUAUAGUUUUAUAUGCAUAUAUAAGUAGUUCUGUAACAAUAUUACUCUCUUUCUUACUCUUAGGGUUAACUUUCUGACAACAUAUAGUAGCAACUGUUUUUUUUUCUGACUUAAAGUUUAAUCUUCACCAUUUUGUAGUUCAAUAUUUACAGUCAAAUAAAAUUAGAUCCAGAUGUUGGCUGUUUUGUAGGUUAUUUAAGAGACAAGGAAGGAUGGUUUGUUUGUUUGAACUUUUAUUUUUUCAUGAGAAGCUUAAAUCGACCGACAGGCUACUUUUCAAUGAAGUCAUGAGGGAAAAGGUUAGGGUCAGAUAAGAUAUAACAGAGAUAGAGAUUGGUGGGUAUGUUUGGACAUGUCACUGCACUUUUGCAUCGCCUGAUGAUUUUACAAAGACAAAAGUUUCUACCCCAAAGUAACAUAUUGUUACUUUAAAAGGAGGGGGCCAAGUAUUUGAUUGUGAUUUAAGAACACCUAUGGUGUAUCAAUUGUAGACUUGCUGUUACAUAAUGGAAGCACUGUCACAUUUAUGAACAGCCAGAAACCAGGCCAGAAUUAUCUGAAUCAUAAACACGUAAUGUUGUUGUCCACAAUUCAUGUUACAAGUAAAAAGUCUAACGUUACAUUCGUCAUGUGAACAUAUUUUUUGAAACCGACAUAGGAAUACAAGUUGCAAGCAGGAUAUAAGCUGAAUGCAAGAUACUUAUAUUCCUUGCAAAUGUAUAAGACAAAUCUCAGUAACGUAUCUUAGUCUCAGCCUUAAAACUUGAGAAAAAAAACACGAAAAUAUUCAAAUUUUAUUUUGUACCGAAACUUAAAACAAAUCUAUUACAAUAAAAGUAUACCCUGUCCACCUCUGUUCCCAGCCAACUGGCACCAUUCGACCCUCCUACUCCCGUAAAAGUCACUCCGCUUUG